AUGGAAUCAUCAUCAAACGAAAAACAAGAACUUAUUGCUCUAUUUAAACAACAAUAUAAGAAUAAUCCUAUUGAAUUAAAAUUAUUAAAGAAUUUGAAAAUGGCUAUUCAUCAAAUCGAUCAAUAUGGUGAAAAUAAUAAAUGUUCAUCAUUUAUUCAUGUUUAUCAAGCACAAUUAAUGUCAAAAGAAGAAAUCGAAAUAUUAAAAAAUUCUAUUGGAAAUUUUGUUUCAAUGAAUUCAUUUCUUUCAACUAGUCUUAAUCAAUAA